AUGCCCCGGGCGAAGAAGAGGAAGCUCGGCCGUGGGUCGGAUGGGCGGAUAGUUUCGAAGGCCCUGGCACAGCAACAUGAUCCUCCGGUGUCUGCCGCCGAUGUGCCUUCCGUUGGGGACGCACCCGACGACAGCAACGCUUGUGGCGGCAGCGCUUCCUCUAUGGAUGAAGAUGAGGAAGGGGCUGCGACAAACGACGAAGACUGGUGCGAUGAGGAACCCAGCAGGACACACAGCAGUGGUGGGGGUCAGUCGAUACUGAGGUUCGCAGGGCGUGCUGUGCCCGUGGUCACGAAAGUGCUAGAGUCAUCUGAGGAUCUAAAGAACACGCACACAUACAACGAGAAAAAGGUAUCCAAGAGCCCGAAGAGGUACACCUAGAAAUCCCUGCAGCACCGUAUGCCCAAAAACUGAACUGCACGUCCGUCCCACCUUUCAACUACAGUAGCAUCACCCCCUCCCUGUCCCACUCUAUACCAAAACGGAAGAUUGCCGACUACAGCAUACUGCUGUCUGAAGUGCUGUCUG